AGGCCUGAGCCCGAACUCUGGAAAUAUACUCUGGAUUCGGUUUAUAGCUUUCCCCGCUUACCUUGGAUGAGCCCCCUCGAGCUCUUUGUGCCCCCACUUUCUUUUUUAACUGUAUUUAGUUCUGCAAAUCCUUAAUGUGGUACCUUAAUACUUUGUGCAAAAUGUGUACUAUCAGCAUAAAGAAAAGGAACACGGAAUAAGUGCAGAGGAGUGGAGGUACUGGUUGGGGAGAGGGUUGGUGGAACAAUGUGGAGGAUGAGUUGAAUGAAAGAGCAUGGAAAAGUGUUAGGAGAAUUCUGGAGGAGGAAGAAAAUCGAAGGAGAUUUUGAUGAGUUCAUUCAUGAUAAUAAUGACAUUAUAUUGAAAAACAUUGCAGAAGAUCUUCGGAAUUGCUUACCCCUAGAAACCAUGCUUUCCUCGGAGCAAGUAGCCAUUCAAAAAAUAAAACAGCAACCUCAGCCCAUAAUUCACAUUGAUGCAUUCCUUUAUGAUGAUGACUUUAUUGAUUCCUUGUGUGAGAAAGGGAAAAUGAGUAGAAACUACUGCAUGGUGUGUGGGUCACACCAGACUGCACCUUUACGAUUUAUUUCUCAUUCCUUCUCCCCUUUGGAAUUGAAGUUCAUUUAUCAGCAUGUGCUUCCGGAUCUGUCUGGAAAGGUCUUGAUUGAUGUUGGUUCCAGACUUGGCCCAGUGCUAUUUGUGGGUUAUCUUUAUAGUUCAGCAUUGCAGCUACAUGGAGUGGAAAUGAAUCAAGAUUUUUGCCAGCUGCAAGAAAUGAUCAUUGCCAAAUACAAGUUUGCUGAUAGGAUAAAGGUGCAUCAUGCAAAUAUAUGUACUCAAGCCUCACUUCUUCAAAAUGCUGAUGUUGUUAUAAUGAACAAUGUCUUUGAAUAUUUUCUUGACAGAUCAGAACAGGCCAGAGCCUGGGAAUAUAUCAGCCAUAAUGUGAGGAAAAAAGGAAGCUUAUUAGUAACAGUCCCGAGUCUUAAGGAAUCUCUCUCAAAUCUACAGGUGGCUAUACCUCUGAACCAGUGGGUUGAAGAAGUACAGUUGAACUAUGAUGUAUAUACAGAAAAAGACAUCGAUAGAGAAUCGCUGGAACAAAUUCAUUUGUAUAAGAUCCUUUAGAAUCAAGAUUGACUGUUUUAUUUUUUAAUAUGUGUGAUACUUUAAUUAAAAUAUUUAUUUGCAGUUUGACUUCCUUUAACCUGAUUAAAAUAGGCAGUUUCUUUAACAUCUAAUUUUAUAGUCAAAGUUAAAAUUUGAGAAAAUGACUGUUCUAAACUCAAAUUCCACAAUUUUGUAACACCUAGAACAUAAUGGUAUAUCCCAGAAGUCUUAGUGCAGGUUAAGUUUAUUUAAGCUCCAAUAUACUUAUUAAAGGUUUAACUG